AUGGGCUGCCUACCCAGGUUCUUCAGACUCAAACCGAUCACGCGUAGACCCAUCAGCCAAGUUGGUGUCGUCGUUGCCGCUAGAGAUGAUAUUGGAUUUCAUGUAAAGGAAAAGGAUUUUGAUGAUGAUUGUUGUGAAAAGAAAUACAGCUGGAACGAUAUAGAGAGACUGACCAUGAAUUUCGCUCGGGUGGUCGGAUCAGGAGGGUUUAGCACAGUGUUUUUGGCUCGCUUGCCCAGUUUGACUCUCGGAGCAGUCAAGAUCCACGGAAAUAGCGACCAUCUCAAUCGACUCUUUAAGCAGGAACUAGACAUCCUACUCCAACUUCGCCAUGACAACAUUGUGAAGCUUCUAGGCCACUGCGACGAUCAAGACAGAGGCGCCCUCGUGUUGGAGUAUGUUCCCAACGGAAGUUUGCAGGAUAAGCUCCAUGGUGCAGCAACUGAAAUUCUUUCAUGGAAGAGGCGGAUGGCCAUAGCCUUUCAGCUUGCCCAGGCUCUAGAGUAUCUACAUGACAAAUGCACCCUGCAAAUAGUACAUGGAGACAUUAAAGCUUCCAACAUCUUACUGGACGAGCAUCUCAACUGUAAGCUUUGCGAUUUUGGUUCUGCAAAGAUGGGAUUUUCUUCUAUGGUAAUGCCUUCCUCGAGAACGAAGCAAGUGAUGAUGGGUUCUCCUGGUUACACUGAUCCCCACUAUCUGAGGACAGGAAUGGCAUCAAAGAAGAACGAUAUUUACAGCUACGGAGUCAUCAUUUUGGAACUGGUGACGGGAAUGGAGGCAUUCUGUGAAGAGAGGGGCCAGCUAUUGACAUCCAUGAUGGGACCCAUGCUAAGGAAUGCCCGUGACUGUGAAGCGACGAAGAUGGCAGAAAUGGUGGAUCCAAGAUUAGCAGGUGACUUUGACCUAAAGGAAGCGAGGGCCAUGCUUUCCCUCUCCGCGCUUUGCCUUGGGCAGUCCCCAGUUCUAAGGCCUUCAGCUGCCCAAAUCUUACAAGAAAUUAGGCAGAAUGUACGACUUCCAUGUUUUCCUCCUUCGGAAUUUCAGAAUUAAUUCAAGCAACCAGAUUACCAGAACUUGUGUUGUUUUCUAGGCAAUAAUUAUUGUGUAAAACUGUAAUUAAAUUGCAUACACCUUUUUUUUACUAAAAAGAACACAUACAUUUCUGCAAGUACCAUAAAUUUCAUUCAUGUGCCUAUGUUACGUGCACCUUAAGCGCAGGAGUCAGAAAUUGCCAUUAAAAGAAUUUACAUUUGAUAUCCAUCCACAUUGUAAUGAGAAUUUAUCUAAAAAGGAAGAGAAUAGAAUCUUUUUAGCUACUCCAAGUGUAAAAAGAUUUUUUUACCUAAUAUAAGCAUAUAUCCUUAUUUAUUGA